AUGGGGGGCAGUGGCAGCUCGCGCCACGUUUCCUUCGACCCUGCCUGUGAUGAGGAGGGGGUUACAUUCGUGAAGGGCAUUCGGCUUUCACAAAGAGUGAUUGAUCGUAUGAAGGAGUCUCCACCUGUGGUUCACCCGCAAGCUUCACCCAAAUCCUCUACCCAGUCAACAGCUCCUGUAGCUCCUCCGGUCGAGCGAUGGGUUCCAGGUGAACAUCGUGUACCCAUAAUCCCUCAUCCUCCCUCAUAUGCCAGUACUUUGGUUCCUCCUCCUGUUUCAGAGCCAAUAACACCUUUAGUAACUGGGACUGAGGAAACAUCUGCACCACCUUCGAAUGUAGAGUCACCUGAGAGUCUUCCAAAUCCUCCGCCUACAGGUGAUGAGCAUGUAGCUAUACUUGUACCUGACCCUCAACCUGCUGUGCUGCCUGCUGAACCCAUAAAUGCUCCUUCACCAGUGUCAAGUGAACCAAUAACUGCUUCUCCACGAGUGGAACCCGGUGUUGAACCCCUAACACCACCUCCUGCCAUAACCUCGACGACUGAACCUGUAGCCAUUCCUCCUUCACCAACCACAGACCCACUUACUGAACCUGUAACACCUAUAGAGUCCUCGGUUGAACCUGUAACACCUAUAGAGUCCACGGUUGAACCUGUAACACCUAUAGAGUCCUCGGUUGAACCUGUAACACCUAUAGAGUCCACGGUUGAACCUGUAACACCUAUAGAGUCCUCGGUUGAACCUGUAACACCUAUAGAGUCCUCGGUUGAACCUGUAACACCUAUAGAGUCCUCGGUUGAACCUGUAACACCUAUAGAGUCCUCGGUUGAACCUGUAACACCUAUAGAGUCCUCGGUUGAACCUGUAACACCUAUAGAGUCCUCGGUUGAACCUGUAACACCUAUAGAGUCCUCGGUUGAACCUGUAACACCUAUAGAGUCCUCGGUUGAACCUGUAACACCUAUAGAGUCCUCGGUUGAACCUGUAACACCUAUAGAGUCCUCGGUUGAACCUGUAACACCUAUAGAGUCCUCGGUUGAACCUGUAACACCUAUAGAGUCCUCGGUUGAACCUGUAACACCUAUAGAGUCCUCGGUUGAACCUGUAACACCUAUAGAGUCCUCGGUUGAACCUGUAACACCUAUAGAGUCCUCGGUUGAACCUGUAACACCUAUAGAGUCCUCUGUUGAACCUGUAAUUGUAUCUGCUGAAGUUCGUGUUCCAUAUGCUGAACCGAUUGAACCUAUAGAAACUCCAUCAUCUCUUACUUUAGCUGCUCAGCCAACAUCUGGUGAGUCCAUGGACUUACCUGUUGAACCUGAGGUUUCAACCUCCCCAAUCUCCAGACCUGCUCCCAUUCAGUCUGACUUGGAGGAGUCUGCUGUUUCGCAAUCUGGGUCUGCUUCAUCUGUGGUUUUGCCUGAUGAAAUGCCAUGCAAGAUGCAAAUGGGUCCAAUUUCCACUGGAGAUCCUGCAGUUCCUUGUGUUCACCUGGUUGAGGAACCUGUUGCGCCACAACUCGAGGUCUUUCCACUGCAAACACAUGUUGUGAAUGAGGAAAAGCUCAAAAGGCAGCUCAGAGAAGAUCUCCAGAAGCUCCUGAAUGAGGAAAUGAAGAUGGCAGAGCAUAACAUGCGACAACUGCUGGAGGAAGAGAAAGCUAAAGCGAAGGCCCAGGCUCAAGCUGCAGCCCGACUCCAGAUUCAGGAUGAGGUCCAGAAGCUUCUGGAAGAGGAGAAGGCAUCCUAUCAACAGACUCUAGCAGAUGCCAUUAGGAUGGAGCAGUUGAACGUUCAGGAUGAGCGUCUCAUAACUCAGUAUUAUUGGAUGGAGAGGAAGGCUCAGAAGCUGGAGGAAAAGGAGAAAGAUCUGGAAAAUCAGGACGCUCUGUUUCGGGAGCAGAUUUCCAAGAUGCAGGAAAAGAUGGCUCAGUUCACAAAAGUUACUGCUGAAAAUUACAAGAAAGGCUUAGAGGAAGCACACAACCGCUUCAGGCGAUGCCAAAUCAAACCAGUGUGUUCAGAUCUGCAGAGUCAGAUACUGAAGUGUUACGCUGAGAAUAAAGGUCAAACUAUGAGCUGUUCCAACAUCGCAUCACUGUACAUUCAGUGUGUGGACCGUGCCAGACAGGAUAAAAAGCUGAGCACCGGAGGUUAGCUUACUGGACUGAACAUCAGAUCUGCAGUGUCAUGGUGAAAGAAAAAAGGCCAUCACUGCAAACACACACACAUCUAAACCGAUCCGAUUAGUUUAAUUGUUUAUUACACAUUUCAGCAGUUUUGAAUAUGCAUUCUCUUGAAUAUGAGCCAUUAUUGGACCACUAUGCAGAAAUACCUCAACUAGUUUCAGACUCUUGUAACUGUGAACUCCUAAGCUAAAUGGUUUCAGGUGAUAUUGAGUGCUUUGUUUGUGUGUGGAGACAUAGUGAUAUCUUCUGUGCUCCUUCUUGUUUUAAAACAGUGCAUGGCCAACAAGUACAAAGCGAUGCACAAUCUGGAAGCUGCUGUCUGAUGACAUGUUUUUGCAUAGUAAAAAGUUUGUGCCUUUUCCUUUGAUACCUAAUUUUAUGGGUAUUUUGGAUAAAUGUGAUUGAAAUCCAAGCUCUGCUGCUAAAAGCCGAUCAAAUGUGUAAAAUUGGUAUUAAAGGAAUAGUUCACCCCAAAAUAAAAAUUUGCUGAAAAAUGCACGCACC